GCACCAUUAGAACAUUGCUGUGAGGCUUUACGAAUGGCAUGGUGGCUAUGGGAGCAUCAUCGCAAGCAGCGACGUCGCUACUGACUGAACAUCUGCAGUAUACGCCCCUGUCCCUGAUCGACGACAUCAUCAAUUCAGUCAACAACUUUGUCUACCAGGGUGUUGGAAGUCUGGAAACCGGUCUCCUAUCGACACCGCCGGAAAAGCUGGGUUUCAAGGCUGUCCAAGACACACGCACAGAUGUUCAUAGUGCAGGAGAGGUCGAGUUUCCAGAGGCAAAGCAUGAGAUUGAGGAGGGCCUACACAAACUCGAAACAUUGUUGAACUCCACCGUGGACAAGAACUUUGACAAAUUCGAGAUCUACGUGCUGCGAAACAUCCUGUCUGUGCCUGCGGACCUCGUCAACUGGGUGCGCCUUAGCCACUACAAUGACAUAUCAUACCCUCCUCCCGAACAUGCCACCACUGUCGAGGACGUACAGCUACUCAGGCGCAAGUUAGCGGCUUCCCGAACGCUAUCCAAGAAACUCCAGGAAGAACACAACCGCAACGAGGCAAUGUUAAGUCAACUACGUGGGCUUGUCGGUGGUGCGCAACAAGAAGCAAACAACCUAUCUUUCCUGAUGAAUGGUUUAGCUGCGCAGUCUCUGAAGGUCACGGAAAAUCCAGAUCAGCAGCCACUGACCACCAACACCAAAUUUGCAGUGUCACAGCUACCUGCCCUUCGAUCUCUCCUCGCCGAACUUCGACCCAAAUUGGCAGCACUGAAAGCUUCUGACAAGGACGCGAGGUUGAACAGCGCAAAAGAGGAAAUCAAAGAAGAGCGGCGUGGCUACAUCGAACAACGGACAUGGUCACGGCUCGAGCGCAAUGGUAUGGAACCAGCAGAAAACUUCAACCUUCUGUCUGAUAGGCGAAUCGACGCAGAGGAGGUGCAAGCCCUCGAAAAGGUGGCGUCGGUAUUUGAUCAGACCUGAAGACGGUGACUGGGACCGCAUAUAUCCUGGAUCCGCAUUUUCGGUUCCAGGAACCGUGAACGACUACCCCGCAGGUGGGAAGAGUCUCAGAUCUCGCACUCCCAGGCACAAGACUGGUUUGCGUGACACAGAUAUUGCUCCGAAGUCCUAAACCCACUGCGGAAAAUACUUCUUUUGGAAGGCAUGAACAAGUUGAUUCACCAACAACGCAAGAUGUUAUGCAUGAAGUUGGGGUCACGGGCUCGUCGAGGGCGGGGACAGCAUGUCGAAAACAGCAUUCUAACACAGUCCAAGACCAAGCGUGGUAAUGGUCUGAUUCUUUUAUGGACUAAUGCGGGACAACAGCAUCAUCCAUUCUGCUGCCAGUGUAACCAUUUUGAGGAUGGUUGACGCGUAUAGUUGCCGGAAAGGUGGCUCCCUGGAAGGAAGAGGUUCUCAUCUGACCGAACUUGCUCAUCCGCACGAGAGACCCAGAUGAAACCGACUUAGUGUCUUUGCAUAGGAAAGCAGGAAAGUAGCAUUCUUUCCGCCAGAUGAUACUGAGGAGUUGGUCGACUGGGGAUCUGAAUUCCGAUGGAGGGACAGAUAAGCCAAUCCCGAGCACAAGAUACUGACGAGGAUAUCGAUCUGCAGGAGGUCCAAUCGCAAAGCGAGACGAUGCCUCCUCGAUCAAAGAUGGUCGUGAUGGUGGAAUUGGCUGGCAAAUGGAUGGCAGCUUGGAGGAGGGCCACUGGAGGGCUAGCCUUGGACGAGCAGGAGGGAUAGGCGAACCAAGGUGUUGAUCGGCAACAAGCUCGAAAUCCGUGCAGGAGGACUUGCAGGUUGCAGGGUUUCCUGCAUGCUCGCAUUCGGGCUUCCACCAAAAAUAGAGAAGCCGGCCUGCUCAAUCCCUCAGACCAAUAACAUGGCAGUAUCAUGCCAAGCAGAGAGGACAAUAGCCGCUGGUCACUUCAUCUCUCUCUGAU